GUCAUUCCCUCCUUUUUCUCCUCCCAAUCUUUCCCUAGUCCCCAUGCAAUUCUUGGACCUCACCCAACGCUAAUUAAAUCAAUAAAUUACAAACUGACACGAAUUUUUUUCAACCCAUUAUUCAAUCACCACUCCACUCGUGAGUCCCUCCUUCCUCCUCCGUGAGAGUUCCAAUGGAGAUUUUCAAACCCUCUUGCUUCCACCUUCUUCUUCUUCUUCUUCUUCUUGCUUCAAUCCUCAUUUCCUCUGUUCUUGCAAUUGACCCCUACUCACAAGCCCUUUUGAGCUUCAAAUCUGACAUCAUAAUUGAUGAUUCCAGCAGCUUGAGUGACUGGAUUGUGCCUUCAAAUUCGAACCCAUCUCAACAAAUCAUUGGUUGUUCUUGGUCUGGUGUCAAAUGUGACCAGAACUCAACCACGAUCGUUGGUUUAGACCUCUCCAUGAAGAGCCUUGGUGGUGAGAUAUCAGGAGAUCUAUUCCAACUCCUCACAAGUUUGCUUGAUCUCAACCUCAGUUACAACUAUUUUUCUGAUAAAUUCCCAACUGGGAUUUUCAACCUCAGAAAUCUUGAGACCUUGGAUGUGAGCAGAAACAAUUUCUCAGGCCCUUUUCCUAGUGGGAUUUCAAAUCUCCACCACCUUGUCGUUUUUGAUGCCUUCAGUAACAGCUUUUCAGGCCCUUUGCCAGCUGAAAUCUCCCGGAUUGAAACCCUACAAGUGCUAAAUCUAGCUGGGAGUUACUUCAGUGGACCAAUCCCAUCUGAAUUUGGAGAUUUCCAGAGCCUUGAGUUCAUUCACUUGGCUGGGAAUUAUCUCACUGGUGAAAUCCCACCAGAGAUGGGGAAUCUCAAAUCACUUACCCAUAUGGAAAUUGGUUACAAUUCCUACCAGGGUGGAAUUCCUGUGAAAUUGGGUAACAUGAGUCAACUCCAGUACCUUGACAUUGCUGGUGCAAAUCUCUCUGGUCCAAUACCAACCCAACUCAGUAACUUGACUCAGCUUGAGUCACUUUUCCUUUUCAGAAACCAACUCACCGGUUUGAUCCCAUGGGGGUUCAGCAACAUCACUACUCUAACAAGUUUAGAUCUUUCUGAUAACCAGCUCACUGGGCCAAUUCCGAAGAGUUUUUCUGAGCUGAAAAACCUUAGGCUUCUCAGUCUGAUGUACAACAACUUGAAUGGCACUGUACCAAAUGGAAUUGCAAUGCUUCCCCAACUUGAAACCCUUCUCAUUUGGGACAAUUUCUUUUCUGGGUCACUUCCAAGUACCUUGGGAAGCUACUCAAAUUUGAAAUGGGUGGAUGUUUCCACCAACAACUUCAUUGGGGUCAUUCCACCUGGUAUCUGCUCAAGAGGGGUAUUGUUCAAGUUGAUCCUAUUUUCCAACAUUUUCUUAGAUUCUCUAUCUCCUUCCCUCUCCAAUUGUUCGUCCCUCGUUCGCCUCCGACUCGAAGACAAUGCUUUCUCAGGUGAUAUCCCUUUGAAAUUCAGUAAUUUGCCUGAUAUUUCAUAUGUGGACUUGUCCAGAAAUGCAUUUUCUGGUGGGAUCCCCUUAGAUAUAUCUCAAGCUUCCAAUCUUCAGUACUUCAAUGUGUCUGAUAAUCCUCAGCUUGGGGGUAUAGUCCCACAAGGGAUUUGGUCACUGCCACUUCUUCAGAAUUUUUCAGCUUCUUCUUGUAAUCUCACUGGUUUUCUUCCUCCAUUCCAAUCCUGCAAAGAUUUAUCUGUGAUUGAAUUGAGCUCAAACCACUUGUCAGGAAAUAUUUCAGCAAGUGUAUCAAACUGUGAGUUUCUUGAAAAGAUGGACUUAUCUAGAAAUAGUUUCACAGGUCACUUACCUGAGGUACUUGCCAAUCUUUCUUCUCUAGCUAUUCUUGAUUUGUCACACAACAAUUUCACUGGAUCAAUACCCUCAAAUUUUGCUAAUUCAUCUGCCCUUGUGCUUCUGAACUUAUCGUUCAACAAUUUAUCUGGUCCCAUUCCACCCGAAAAGAAAUUCAGUUUGAUGGGUAGUAGUGCUUUUGUUGGAAAUCCAGAAUUAUGUGGACCACCGUUGGAAAACCCAUGUUCUAAACGUCCUAAUGAAAUAGAAUUAGGAAUAAGAAAAACCCAGAAGUUUGCUUGGGUACUUAUAGUGUGUUCUGUGGUGGUUGUAUGCAUCACAGUUUCAGUUGUUGUGGUUCUCUAUUUUAGGAAAGGAAGCCAAGGCAAUUGGAGAAUGAUCACAUUUUCCGGACUCCCUCGGUUCACAGCAGAAGAUGUUUUGAAAAGCUUCUAUUCAGCAGAAGCAAUGGAAACGAUUCCACCGCUUUCCGCUUCAGUUUGGAAAGCUGUUUUGCCCACGGGGAUAACUGUUUCUGUUAAGAAAAUAGAGGUGGAUGCGAAAAACAUGAAGGCUGUGGUGGAAUUUGUAACGCUUUUGGGGAAUAUGAGGCACAAGAAUUUGGUUAGGUUGUUGGGAUUUUGCUACAACAAGAAUUUGGCCUAUGUUUUGUAUGAUAACUUGCCGAAUGGAAAUUUGGCUGCGAAGAUCAGAAUGAAGAGUGAUUGGGUGGCUAAGUAUAGAGUUGUCAUUGGGAUUGCUAGGGGACUUUGUUUCCUUCAUCAUGACUUUUAUCCUGUGAUUCCCCAUGGAGAUCUGAGGGCAAGUAAUGUUGUGUUUGACGAAAAUAUGGAACCACAAUUGGCUGAGUUCGGGUUUAAGUUUCUGCCGAACUGGGGCAACAGACCAUUUCUAGCUCCAGAUUCCAGGAUUGAUACAGGCGAAUACGACACUGCCAUAAAGGAGGAAAUCCAAAUGGACAUCUACAACUUUGGGGAGCUAAUUCUGGAAGUACUAACAAAUGGCAGGCUGAAAAAUGCAGGAGGAAGCGUACAUGCUAACCCAAUGGUGACCCUUUUAAGGGAGAUUUGCCAUGAGAACGACAUCGGCCCGUCCGAUCCAAUCCGAGAGGACAUAAAGGUGGUUGUUGAGGUUGCUUUGCUAUGCACCAGAAGUAGGCCUGUCACAAGGCCAUCCAUGGAAGACGUAUUGAAACUUCUCUCAGGGUUGAAAACACAGACAAUGGCUAAGGGCACUAUAUGACAAGCGGUUUCGAUUAUAGAAGCAAAUAGUUUUCGAUUUCAUUUUGUAGAUAUAGAAUGUAUCUGUUGAUGUUACUAGUUUUCUGGAACUGCUAUUUUGUGAAAUAGAUGCUUAUAGUUUUGUGUGGUCUUAAAGCAUCCUAUGUGAGAAGAAUAUAAACUACUGUUUCUGUUU